AAUAAUCGGCAUUGUGCGAAGCCACCCUCAGUUCCACUUCGUUCAUUCUCUCCACUUUUUCCUCCCUCUCGUCCAUUGGCUCCUCUCUCUUCCCUUCAUCGACGUUUCAAAUCACACCGUCGCGUCACACCCACAAACACUCUACACCGUAAACCCCUCUUUCUCAGUUCUCACCUUUCAUUCUCGCCGGCGAGAUCCACCUUGCUAGAUCUCAAGAACUUGCCGGAACCCCACACGCGAGCCAGGACUGGUCGGAGUCGUAUAAUCGACUGCCUCAGCCUCACCUAGUUUAUUCUUAUAACGUAUUUCCUUUAAUUGCAAACCCGUCAAGAUGAAAGCACUUUUCUUGCUCCUGAUAUCUCACAUCAUCUUAAGCCAUGUCUUCGGCGAACACAUCUUCCCUGCAAAUAUCGGUAGCACAUUUGGUGGAGGCAGCUCUCGUGAACCGAAAUACAAGAUCGAAUUUCAUUCAGAAGAAUCCCCUUAUCAUCCUGAUGAUGAUCAGGAGUCUAUUGUCAUGCCGGGCAAAAAUGGACAGAAGUUCAUUUGUUACUUGCCUAGGGUUGAAAAGGAAAAAAGUGGAAAGCCUGUUAUCCAGCAAAAUGUUAGCAGCAUGAUUGUUGAAACUGAGAAAAGGGCUAAACAGAAGACACCAGACGAAUUGCUAGAAGUUUUGAAUGGUCCAUGCUUUGUCAGACAAGAAGGUUGGUGGUCAUACGAAUUUUGCUACAAAAAGAAGUUGCGACAGCUACAUUUGGAGGAUGAUAAGGUGGUCCAGGAGUUUGUAUUGGGAGUUUAUGACCCAGAGGCUACAGCUGCCUAUAACCAAAAUCUCUCUGACAUUUCUACGUUAAAGGAUCCUCGCUCAAAAGAUGCAUCUCAAAGGUAUCAUGCUCAUCAAUAUACUAAUGGAACUACCUGUGAUCUUACAAGUAAACCACGAGAGACUGAGGUGAGGUUUGUAUGCUCAGAACCCAGAGCAAUGAUAAGUUGGCCACACACUCGCCAUAACAUGUGUAAAAUGGGGUGGAGAUGGCAUGAUUUAUACAGGUGUAGAUUGUUUCAAGAGGAGAGACCAGUAUGGCACACCAUCGAUUGUAAUGCUCUAGCAAAGGAUUACAAGGAUGAUGAUAAAGUUAGAGUAGAAAACAGAGACAUGGAGAUAGUUAUGGUUACAGAUUCUGAAACUAAUUAUUCAGAGUAAUCAUGUAAAAAUAAACAAUGAUAAUGGAAAAAAAGAAGGAUAAAGCAAAUUGUAUUUUUUACAGAGAGAAAAAAGGACUACUCAGCCAGAAAAUGUUUCCCUGGAAUGUCAUUAUAUGCCAGAUAUGACUGUUUCUGGCAAUUUGUCUGGCAGUAUUUCUUCUUGAUGUGCGACGAAACCCUUUUUGCAAACAGUGGAUGGAUGUGGUUUCUCUUGAUCUUAAGCUGCUCUCCCUUGAAUUGUCCUUUUUUGGCGUUAAUCGCAUAAGAAUUAUAUUAUAGGUGAGCAGUGGUCAAUUGUAACAGAAAGACGGAAAGUAAAAUAAUUUUGAUUUUGAUUAUCAAUAUUUGACCAA